AUGCCUCCCGCCGUCAAACCCACUCUCCGCUCUCCAAAUAACCCGCCGACCAAUUUCACCGUGGCAUCAAACCAGCCACCAUCUAACCUAAACCGGCGCCGUGGAAUCCCAAUGGACCUGCUCCAUGCGUCUCUACAGCCACUUCCCCUCCAACAACCCGCGAAGAUAACCCCAGAGAGAUUCGAGGCUGUUGUUUCCAAGGAGGAUGUCCUUGUUGUUCCUGCCAGGGCGGUGCUAGGCCGCUGGAGUGUAUCGAUGGAGUGGGAUAUGUGCUAUAGGAUGGGAGAGGAGGGGGAUAAGGCGGUAGGGAUUGGGAAAGUGGGUUGGUUUGAGAAGGAUCCUGUUUAUGGUGAUAAGGGUCCUGUGUUUGAUGUAUGA